AUGUCAAGGAUAAGCCCUUCUUCCAUCCUGUCUGUAAUACGCCGCAUUAGAUGUAAUUCAUCCAAGACCACAUUUUCAAUUAGAACGUUAAAAAAUGGAAGUGAAUGGCAUCCUGGCGGCCUUGACCAUGUAUCAUCGAGACUUCUGGCCAAUGCUCCUUUAAGAAAGUACUCACAGGAGUGUGACACGUUGCACCUAGGAACCAGUAAGUAAAAACAGUUAUCCUCAUUGCAGUCAUCAUUAAAUAUAUAUUGUUAUUGCAAUCAUAAAAAAUAAAAUUGGAUGAGGCUGUAUCAUAUGACUCACUAUCAUGAGGACACAAUGUACUUUAAUGCAGUAUGUGGCAAAAAUCAAAGUUUAUAGUGUAAAUAAUUUCUGUUCUUAAUUUGAAUUCUGCCUUCUUGGUAUUAUGUCAAAAUUAAUAAAAUAUGCCUUCUAACCUCUCAUUUUUAUGAAUCUUAAACUAAUGCAGCUAUUAUUUGAUGUGGCUCCUUUCAUGCCCAUGGCAAUCAGUGAAAACUGGAACAAAGAGCAGGCAAACAUGUUUAGUCCUUCUGAUUCAUACUGCUGUUAUUAUUAUAUUUCUUUCUGAAAAUUCUCCCCAGAUCCCAUAAUUUCAAAAAUCUUGUUUGUUUUGACAUAUAUGAACAAUUUUUACUCUAUCCAAAAAAAUAGUAAAUAUGUAAAAUAUAAAGUAUUAUAAAGGAGCAAAUUACAAAAUGUAUUAAUUGAAAGUUGAUACGCUUAAUUUAUGACCAAAAAUAUUUUUAGGUAUUGUGGGAGUGUGUUUGAGCAACUCGCCUGCUACACGAUGAAGUACUAGCCUGAAGAAUCUGAUUUACCUCUUGGUUUUUAUUCAUCUUUGACUUCUGCUAACAAUCUUAAUCUUUUAAAAUCUUCUUACUCUUCUUCUCUACUCAAUCCUAACCAACUAGUUCAACUAUAUAGUAGCGGUCUUUAUAGCCAAAGCUCGGCGCGUGUUUGGGUUAACUGACCAUGGGGAUAAAAUCAAGAUGAACUCGGUGUGGGUUAUGUUUUGGUAUUACUGAACCUACAUAGUUCCAAUCGGCAAGAAGCUACAAACCAAGGCAAUGAAAAACUAAAACGCUGGUUAAAAAACCCAAACAGGAACUUCAACGAGACUAAUGUACCAAGGUACACGCGGACCAUCCAUGAAAAACUAACAUAUGACAAUGGGAAGCGAAGAAUAUUCCUAUUAAAAUAACAUUCAGUAAACUCGUGAGCUAAGCAAAAAUUCAAGUCAUUUGAAGAUUAAAAACAAAGAUGACAACAAGAAAACACCUAUGUGACAAAAUCAAGACUAACCUUAACUCACUUAAUGAAAAAAAAAAAGGAAACUUAGAGAGUAAAACUCAAAUCUUAAAAAUAACUUUCAAAAUACUUCACAACAGUAUAACCCUUUACUAUUAGUCAUUAGGUCAUUUGAGUAUUUAACGGUGAUUUGCGGUUUAUCCUACGUCUUGAUUAGAAGUUACGUUUCCCUGUUGAAAAUGUUAGUAUUACAUUUACCCUGGUCCCUGACGUUUUUCUUGAAAUGCUUCUCACUCUUGCCGUAAAAUAUUUCGGCCAUCACGGCAAAUCCAAUUCAUUAUUCUUUUUUUUAUUUUAGCGUCAACAGGGUCUGCUAGUACCAACUGUGGUGAUUUUAGCAUGGCACCCUAUCCCUCAUGUCCAAUUCCAGUUGUAGAUUUUAGCGCAAUGAGCCUAGACGUCAAGGAUCCCGAUCGAAGCAACCAAGCUGUUAAAGACCUUGCUAAUCAAGUAUACCAAGCUUUCAGCACAAUUGGAGUCGUUUAUAUUACAAACCAUGGAAUCCCACAAGAAACGGCAAGUCUCUCCUUUUCUAAUAAGCCCGUCUAAUUUCUUCGUAAUUCGAUUAUUUGUCUGUUGGAUAAUUUUUUUUAGAGGAGACAAUGUCUCUAGUAUUUGUCAAAUCACUUUGUGGUUCACUUUGUUAAUAAUCCUAUGAUCUUGCAGAUUGACACUACUUUCGAAACUUAUGACAAGUUUUUUAACUUAAACAUUGAUGUAAAGAAGAAGUACGCAAAGAGAACCGGAACGACUCUGAAGAAUGGCUGGGAUAAGCUUGAAAGCGAAAGGUAUUCUUACUCGAAUUACAUACCUCUACCGAAGAAAAUUCUUUCAAAUUAAACCUCCUUUUUUGGAGUCCAAAAAGUACAGACCCAAGUGUCCGGCAUUCAGUUGUAUAUUUGCCUGGAAACGAGGCUACUUGGAUAUAAUGAAGUUAAUGAAAUGACGUUCACAGCUAUCCGAAGACGAAAUAGCUGAAAACAAGAAAUGCAAGAUUACGUUAAACACAUUGCUUGAUAUUUUUAUCCUGAAAUCGUGCUGAGAAAUCGUUACGGAUCGUAACCCACUUAUCAGGGGCACCAAAAGACUGUUUCGUCCUAAAUACAUUGAAAACACUUUUUAGGCUAUCUAUAGAGUAUUUUUAAGAUCUUUAGAAAUGCAUUAUAAACCGCGUUAUUUAACAUUUGUACGUUGAUCAGGGGAACUUAAUGAGUCUUUUCGAAAUUGCAAGAGGUUCUGUUUUACGUUCCCGAAGAUUUUAGAUGCAAUUUAACGUAUUAGAAAAUCGUAGCGACUUUAUCACUGACAGAUAAGCUUCGAAAAUUGUACAUGAAUAGAACUGUCACCUAGAAAUCUUUAUCCGUCCUCAAAUAGUAGAAAAUUCUAGGCAAUAUUUGUUUUUCCAAACAGAUAUUUUACAGAAAACAGUCCGGGGUUGGGUGCCCCUGACUAAUGACAUUUCAAGUCCUCAUAGCCGAUAAUAUUACAGUCGGCCUAAUUGACAGAGGACCAAUAACAUCGCGAUUGUGAAUAACCAGAGUUUCAAAUACCAUCAACUGACGUGAUACAACUCACUUUAACUCUUAAGAUGACUACUGCAGAGGUUGUCGAAACAACAGUCACUGGCAACAAAACUUCCAUUCAGGACUACGUUCACCCAGACGACCAUGCUUAAUGAACCUACUUAGGAAAUGACUCCUGCAGCUGGGCCCAGUUGCAGGGGCCGAUUUAGGGGGAGGGUGCAGGGGGUGCGCACCCCCUCCCCCUUAGAUGACCUGCGGUUUUCUAAUACAACUGGUAUUCUGCAAAAAAAAAAAAAAAAGAAGAAAAAACUGAACUAUGUGGUUUAUUGGUGUUGAAGUAGAGCAAGAGACGAGUGCACCCCCUCCUAAAAAAAAUCCUGGAUCCGCCCCUGAGUUGUUCGAAGGCCGAUUAGCGCUAACCCUAGGUAAAAUUUUAACACCGGUUUCUUUUUCUUUUGAUCAAAAGCAUUUUUCAGGAUAAUUUUGUCGAUUCUUUUUAGAGCAUCAAAUCAUCAAAUUGUGGACAAAAAGAAUAAAACUCAUUGAAUUUGCUUUUUAAGCUUUCAUAUCUGAGUUGAAAUUUUGCACUAAGGCCCUGAGUUAUGCUAACCCUGCUUUGAACAACCCAGCCCAGGGUUCAAACCUUUCACAGAUUUAGACAUAACAAAAACUGUAGACAGGUACUCGUUAGAGAGAGCUUUUUUCCAACAACUAAUAUGCAGACUUCGCCGAACCUGUGUGUCAAAUUGCAGAGCCACCGGCAAUAUGAAAAGACCUGCGGACCUCAAGGAAUCGUUUGAUUUCUGCGGACUGGAAGAUGAAAAUUAUGUAAGUGUCAGUUAUUUUUUUGCGAUCAAGAUAAAAUUUCUUUGAGCAGUGCCUCGGAAACUCUGCGAGAAACCACUUAGAAACACGAUUUGAGCCAACCCCCAUCCGCGACAAACAAAUGACAGUUAAGGUGACUGAACACAGUUUUGACAGCUUGUGAGUAUAUGCAGGAGUUAUGGCCUCCUGGUAUAUGUCAUUUGCCAAGACAUGGCAAGAGAAAGGUUGCAGCUCAAAAGCUGAAACUUGAAAAGUAAAACUGAAUAUACUGAUGAAAGAUUUUGAUUGACAAGUAAAAUUUGACGCUUUCGUAGUUCCCAUGGCAACAUGAACGAUUGAAUACAACCUUAAAAUAGUUGACAUAAAAUUUCCUCAUUAGAUUUUCCUAUAAACUUGCACACAGCUUACUAUAAUUAAUCAUUACCAUUUGAAACUUAUUUUAUCAAAUUUUAACAGACGGGUUUUUAGAUAAUGAAUAAUAUAAUUGUUCUGUAAUUAUUAAAUGUGUCACAAAAUUCGUCUGUUCAACUUCCAUUUUAAGGUUCUCAUCAUUUAAAGUACCAUAAAAGUAAAAAUUCUGUCAAAUAUCACAAAAUUUUAAUGAGUAGAUUUUGAGAAAUCGUCUUCUGUAUAACAUUGCUUUUUCGCCGUCAUGUUUGUUUGUCUAAUUUAAAACAAGCGCCGUCACGCAAGUUACCGCUGACCACCCGCAAAACUGUGUUCAGCCAUCUUAAUUUCAGUUUCAACGGGGCUGUGUUCCAGUGAUAGAGGAUUUUCAGCACUCUUAAGAAAAAUCUCCAUUGCUUAGUUACCUUAUUCUAUGCUCAAAAUCGCAUUCCUUUUUCUCUCAAACUGAACUAUCAUGCAGUGAAGUCCGGUUUUCCACUGAAACCUAAAUCUGAUGGGGGAGGGUCUUUUGAAUGAGCACAAAGAUCUUGUUUGCAGACUCAAGUUUAUGGUUGCAGAGAUCGAAAAUUGCACCGUCAAAGUGACGUCAUUUAGUCAUGAGUUACUUGUGCAUUUGACUGACAAGAGUUAUAUUAUUAAUUCUCAAUUUCUGCCUGGCACUGAUUUACUGCACAGAAGUUAAACUAACGCUAAUGUAUCAUUCUCAAUAAUCAGUAGUCACUUGUCAUUUUACAGACGUGGCCUAACGAGGAAGUCCCUAACUUUCAAGGCACUGUCCAAACCUUUUACGAGGACAUAACAAGCCUUGCUGCAAGGAUGUUGUCUGUCAUAGCCAUUAGCCUUGAUCUGGUACGAUCGAUUUUAUAGUUGUUAGUCUUAUGAUCUUAUCGGCGAAAGGAUGUGGGUAUUUAAAACGUAAUUCAGUCCAAAGUUUUAAGUAUAAGAAGGGAAAACAAUCUUAAAUACCACUAAAGUGUUUAAGCCACGUGAAUUUUCGUUCUUCUCUGUAACAGACCCAGUGAAACCCUACCCACAUAGACUUUAAUGCUUGGCCCGAAAAAACAAUAAGUAAACCAUUUUUCUCUUCGAUAAAACCCGUUACAAUUCAUGCUUUUUUAUAUAUGACAGAAUAAGCAGGUCGAUGAUCGCAAGAGCACAAAAUUAUUUAACUGUAAGCCAGUGCUCUAGUCUCAAGACAGCUAUUGGUUUGCCUCAAUGCUAUGUUAUUUUUCUUCAUGUACACUUUUCAAAUGAUGCCAAAACAUUAUUCGGCCUCACCUUUUUGUUUUCUCAUCCAGGAUCCAGAUACGUUUGCCUUUGCUUGGCAAAAGACGGGCACCUCCGAAGGUUGCACUCAGUUAAGAUACAACUAUUACCCAAUGAUAUCAGACCUUAGUAAAAUCAAGCCGGGUCAGAUUCGCGCCGGGGAACACUCAGAUUAUGGUGGGAUUACACUGCUGUUGCAAGAUGAUGUUGGUGGACUGGAGGUUAGACAUCGAGAAACCUAGUUUUGAUACUAUCCGUUUUACGUUUUUUACCAGAAGUUCGUUGAUCGCGAGCGUGUAAGGCGGCGGCAGUACAAAUGAAGAGAAACAGGCCUAUAGGUAAAAAAAAUAUAUAUAUGGUUUACAAAAAAAAGACGGCCAAUUGGCCAGGAGUCGUCUGUCGUCUACUGGGCCACGUCAUCAUAUAUUUAUUCUACCGGUGGACGCAAUUUGAAGCUGGUUGAGCUGUAUUUACCUAGAAUUAAAAGAUGUAUUCGAGGAAAUUAUUAAAAUUAUUAGAAGGUGAAUAAGAUGAAAUUAUUAAAAGAUGUAUCAGAGGAAAUUAUUAUUUGACGAUGAAAGCCGCAAUUUAACUCAUUUCAACUCACUGGAAGAAUAUAUGGCGUUAGGAAUUUGGACUAAAUUAUAAUCUCGCUCCGAAGUGCUCCUUGCCUCCCGAUGAAUGAUAUACACUCUUAAGAACAUGAGGAUUUUUCAUAUUGCUUCAAAAUCGCCCUUGUUUUAUGCUAACAUAGUUCAACAGCAUGUAUGUACUUUUGAUUCAGGUGAUCAAUAAUGUUGAUGGACAAUUUGCCCCCGUCACGCCCUUGAGAGGAGCAGUGUUAGUUUUCAUUGCUGACUUGAUGCAGAGAUGGACAUCAGACCGAUACAAGUCUGUGGUAGGUUUAAAAAAUAACACCGACCUUGAUCCCUUGAUAAAAAACAUUAUUACAAUCCAUGCUCGGUUAAUAAUAUUUAGUAAAAUCCAGCUAGUCGUCUGUUAUCAACCUGCGUUCUGAUUGGUCGAGCUACUACUAGGCUAUAUGUUAUAGCCCACUAUUAGCGAAAAGCGCCGGCUUUGAAAACCAAAACAAUGGCGGCUGAAUCGCGUUUUGCUAGCUAAAGUUGUUUGUCUCGAUAUUUUUGACCAAUUAGUUGGAUUUUACUAAAACAAUUGUUCCUGUCGCCCUCAUUGCCUCUGAGUCACUAUCAGACCUAUUGACUAUUGACUAUUGGCUAUUGACUCAGAGCCCAUUCCGGCUCGAGGAAUAAUUGUUAAAGAGCCUUGUCACUCACGUGGCCUGCGGCUAUUCAAAUUUAGUAUACACUUAAACAGUGGAUAGUGUUAUUCGUGCGCUGUGAUUGGCUACUCAAAGUCGGGAUAUCCAUUGCUAUUGACUGACGUACCUCCAGUUCCUCCGAGCGACCGGCGCCAAACUCGCGUAAUGGUUUCCCGGUUUGCUGCCGUAACAAACAAAGAAAUUUCAUAAAUAAUCAAACACGCUGUUCCCGAAAUACACGAAGAAGGUGACGAAAUUCGGUUUGGAAGCUUAAACAGGUAAAGCUUUGUCUGUUUGACUUGAAUUUAUUGACAAAACCGGUGAAAAAGUUUUUUGUUUACAAAUGCAAGUAAAUUCUUGAGUUACUUUAUUUAGCUGGCAUAAAAUGUUCAUUAAUAAGCUUCAAACUAAAUUUAAUAGUUUCUUACAGAAUGGUUUCAAAUACAAAAAGAAAUCAUAACUCCUUUUCGAGACGGAAAUCUCCGAUAAACGGCUAAACAUAUGCCUUCAAAAGUUUUAUUUGUCGGCAAGGGUGAAACGCAACGGCCGUUCGGUCAUUUGCGCGUCAAAAUUGUAAUCGUUGGCAGCAGUAAAAGAGUUAAAAACCGUCAUUUUUUUUGCUCAAACAAAAUAUAUAUACUUAAACAAUUAUCGCGGCUCGGUAAAUACCAUCACUAGCCACCUCCACGUCAGUGAAUAAAUGUUAUUUACUGGAACAAAAGAAAGUUUUUACAGAAGAAAAAAAUCUAUUUCCCACAGGAUUGGUUCAGCUGUUGGUUUAGGACACCAACAUGGCCAACAUUUCAUUGUCUUGGGACCUUGGGACACAAAAAUAGCCGACGUAAGGUCAAGUGAAAACAAUCUAUCCACGUAAUAUUCGUGAACUUUGGUGCCUAAUUCAUCCCACCAAGCAGCUUUAACAAUCUGAUCGAAUAUCCCCUUAUACCAGUAGUUUUUUUUUCGGUUAUUUACGAACGGCUAUAUUUCAAAAAGGCUUUCGAUAAGAGGCGCCCAGAAACGCCUUGGAUUUUUAACAAAAUCGGAAAAGAAUUUCGACCGAGUUUUAAAAUAUCUGAAGACACUUGUUGAAACUUAACUUCUCAACUUCUGCUUCUUUUAUUUUUCAAAUUUUUUAGCAGCUUGUGCAUUUUAAUCCAUUUUUUUUUUCUUUCAAAAAACAGGUUCAUCGAGUGCUGAUCCCUGAGGAGGAAAUCAAACGAAGGGUUCCUCGCCGAUCGUUAGCUUUGUUUCACGACCCGGAUAAUGACACUAUGGUCACGUGUUUGGAUGGAUCUAACCAAUAUCCACCAAUCAAAGCGAAAGAUUGGGUUGAUGGUAAACGGUAUUCAGCAUACAAAUGAGUA